AAGACUUUGAUUUUUCUCAUAAGUCUAUUCACAUUUGUCUAUUGUCGUCAGGAAUGUGUGGCCCGAGACUACGGUCACGGAUCAGUUGUCUGUGUGUGUAAUCAAAAACAAUGCGAUGAUUUGGAUCCACUCCAGAAAACACCCAAAGGUGUGGUCACUGUCUUUGAGACGAGUAAAAGUGGUCUCAGAUUUGACAAAAAGGAGCUCAAGUUUGGAGACAACUUAGGCUUUAAGGCUAACAAAUCGCAGACAAUAACUGUCGAUAAAAGUAAAGGCGUUUAUCAGAAGAUCAUAGGCUUUGGCGGUGCGUUCACAGACGCCGCCGGACUUAACAUCAAAUCACUUCCCGAAGACCUGCAAAAGCGAGUAAUCAGUGAUUAUUACGGAAAGUCGGGAAUUGAGUACAAUUUGGGGCGAAUACCGAUCGGCGGCUCAGACUUUUCCACACAUGCCUAUAGUUAUGACGAUAACUAUACCACUGAUUAUGACUUCAAACACUUUACUCUCGCUAAAGAGGAUUUUGAUUAUAAGCUUUCUUAUCUAAAAGCUGCAAAAGCCGUUAACCCAGAUGUGAAAUACUUCGGGAGCCCGUGGGCGCCCCCGGCGUGGCUUAAGACCAAUGGGAAGCUUAACAAUGGCGGCUAUUUAAAGGGACAGCCCGGGGGUAAAGAGUAUAAGGCGUUCGCCCAUUACAUCGUUAAGUUUUUGGACAACUAUAAGGCACAGGGGGUUCCCAUGUGGGGCAUAACUGUGGAGAAUGAGCCCAAAGCCGGAAACGAUCCCAACUAUAAAUUCAAUUGUUUGGGUUUCACACCAGAACUUCAACGAGAUUUCUUGAAACUAGAUUUGGGACCAAUUCUUGAGGCCUCCGGCUAUGGACUGAACACAACAGAACUGAUGAUAUUUGACGACCAGAGGUCUCAGAUCUAUAAUUGGGCCAAAACUAUACUCACCGACAAAGAGGCGGCAAAGUAUGUGUCGGGAGUGGCCUUUCACUGGUACGAGAAUACUGUGGACAAUAUCGUAAACCUGGAUAAGGCUCACGGCGUCGACCCCUCAAAGUUUAUACUAAACACCGAAGCGUGUGAGGAGUGGAGGGGACGCGACAAACAUAUAUAUCUCGGACAUUGGGACACAUUUGAGAGAUACGCCAACGAUAUCAUUGUUGAUUUAAAUCACUGGACGGCCGGUUGGGUGGACUGGAAUCUGGCGCUGGACGAAGAGGGCGGACCCAAUUGGGUGAAGAACUUCGUGGACGCACCCAUUAUAGUGAACGCCACAAACAAAGAGUAUUACAAACAGCCGUUUUUCUAUGCUUUGGGACAUUACAGCAAAUUUUUGACUCCCGGUUCUCAACGCGUAUAUCAAUCACACGAUCAAAGUGUGGAU